CAAGCCACAGCCUCACCCGGCGCACCUCCAGACGUGGCGAUGACACAAAUGUGCUCGGGGUUCCGAAGAUGGAGUCGUUCCGGUCGUCCUAGGCUCGGCACUCUGGUCAACGGAGUAUGUUGAGAAGCGGGGUUCACACGUUUAAAAAGACCACCGCCUUUCUAUACUUCUUCUUUCUGUCGCCUACUUCAGUUCUUCUGCUUCUCCUACAAGGGCGGCCAAUUGAAAGCCUACAAUUCUUUUCCAACUCCUGAAAGCCUCGCCGAGAGGAGAGAUCACGAUGCUCGAAGUUUAUCUCGACCCGUGUACCGUCAACAGCCGAAAGGUCCUGGCAGGUCUCGAUCUGCUCGGCACAAAAUAUCACUUCAACCACGUUGACUAUUUCGCCGGCGAACACAAAGCAGUGGAGUAUCUUGAACUCAAUCCAAUGGCAACGGUUCCGACUGCGACUGAUGGUGACUGCCGUAUCUUCGAAUCAAACGCGAUAUUGCACUAUGCUGCCGAACUUGACAACGUUGACGACAAGUAUCCCAAAGAUGUGAAGACUCGCGCGAGAGUCAAUAGCUGGUUACUGUGGGAGGCCUCAGUUUGGUUUCCAAGCUGCUAUGUCUACCUCUUCGAAUACAUCGUCAGACCGUUGCUUCAGCAGGAACCCGUCCAAUCCAACGUCGAUGCUGAGGCCCAGAAAUGGAAUAAACUCGCUGGCUUCCUCGAAAGUCAGUUGUCCAAGACGAAAUGGCUGGCUGGCGACGAACUUACAAUCGCCGACAUCUCGAUUGCUGCAUCCAUGCAUCUCCACGCAGCGCAGCGUCUUCCACUUGACAAGUACCCGAAUCUGAAGCGCUGGAUGCUUGAGGGUAUUGAGAAGCUGCCUUGCUGGCAAAAGACGCAAGAGGCAGUGAACAAGGCAUUGCUUCCAGACGCACAUGUAAAUGGCAAUUCAACAGUCCGAGCAACUUUCAAUUAUACCAAAGACGUCGACCAGCUCACUGAACUGUAUUUCUACGAAUAUAAUGGUGUUAAAAAUAUCCACGAGCCUGGUGACAGCCCACACGAAAUGGCCGUGACUGAUGGCUGGCACCGUGCCAACACAUUCUCGAUCGACAAAGAAGGGUUUUCUCUUCACGAGUUCAAGACGGACCACAACAAGUGGGAAGACGACGAAGCAAUCAAAUCAAACUUUUAUCCAGAGGUUGUGGAGAUGCUGAAGCAGAAAACCGAAGCCAAGCGCAUACUUGUCUUUGACCACACAAUCCGUACAAACGCAAUCGCUGAUAAGAAGUUGACAGACGAGACGAAAACUUCUCAACGCACUCCGGUGAUGCUCGUGCACUGCGACUACACUGCAGAAUCAGGCCCAACACGCGUGCGUCAACUGCUGGGAGAGGAAGCAGAUGACUUGUUGUCACGUCGUGUUGCCUUUAUCAAUGUCUGGAAACCAAUCAAUGUCGUUGAGGAGAGGCCGUUGGCAAUGUGCGAUGUCACCUCUACCACACCUGAAGACUUCUUCAAGCUCUAUCUCAGGUACCGGGAUCGCAAUGGUGAGAAUUAUGUGAUGCGCCACUCUCCCAAGCACAAAUGGUGGUACUUUCCGAAGAUGACGCCCGGGCAAGUUAUCCUUCUCAAGACAUAUGAUUCCGAAAUGGACGGGAGAGCUCGAUGUUUGGGGCACACUGCUUUUGAGGAUCCAACUUCGUUGCCAGAUGCUCCCACUCGGGAGAGUAUUGAGAUUCGUACCAUUGCGUUCUUUUGA